GAAUGCUGAUUUAAAGACGACAGCGACUAAAGAAGAACAACAACCUUUGAAGAAGAGCACUGACGACCCUAUUGAUGAUGAGAAGAACAAUGACAACAGUAAUGAUGGUAAAACGGAUUCAUCACACACUGUAUCGAUUCCAGCAAAAAAACGUAAAUUACCAAGUAGUUCCCUCAGGUGGUCUAGUCUCCUAUGCCAUUGACGACGAUGAAGAUGAGAAUACUGUGCUAGACACCGAUGAGGAUGAUGAUGCCAGUGAUGACGAUGGUGAGAAUACUGACUCAGACAAUGAAAACACUCAUAGUAAUCAUGCCUCACAAAGUAACCAUCAACCACCGACUAUUUUCAGCUCUGAUCAACCAGUUAUUAAUAUUUCAUCUCAGAAUCAAAUUCACCCUACAGAAUUAUCCACAGUCUAUGAUGCGAAAACUUCAAAUCCUCUUAGCAAUGAAGCAAUGAAACCGGAGAGUCUGACAGAACGUCUUAUUCGUGAAAUUCAACUACCGCCUGAACCUACAGGACAUUGUUCUAUGGUGUUACAAGAAAGAGUUGAACGUGCUGUACGACGUAUGCGAUUGGAUAUUAGUUAUGAUCCUAAUAGAGCUAUUCAAGAUAAUAAAGCAUUCCGUAAUCCAAGCAUUUAUGAAAAGUUGAUAGAUUUUUUGAAAAUUGAUGAGAAAGGCAGCAAUUUUCCUAAAGAAAUCUAUGAUCCUUAUCGUUGGGGUCCUCAAUCCUACUAUGAAGAACUUGCAAAAGUACAGAAUCGUGAAAUUGACAGACUGAUGAAAUUGCAAAAAGAACAGAAAAAGACAGAGGCCAAUACAUCGACGACGACAGCAGCAACAACAACAAACACUAAUACUGCUGGUACUACAAGUACUAGUACAAUGAAAAGCACAAACAUUCCCAAUCCCAUAACAGCAGAGAAGACAAAUCCAACUACUGGAGGAUCUGUAUAUACAGGAUACAUUGAACCGAAAAGACCAAGUAAAUGGGAUAUUGGUAUGCCUAUCAACCUACAAUCGCAUGAGACUACUAGUACCACUACUGCUACAGCUACUACUACUUCUACAAUUACAACUACAGAACCCGUCAAACAGCAGCCACAGCAACAACAACAACCACCACCGCCGCCAUCAGUACUUCCUGUUGGCAGUUUAAUUAAACGAAACUGAUGUGUGCAGGGCAAUUUCAUAAGAUCAAUAAUAAUAACUCAAAACAGCUGCUGAUAACGCUUAUUCCGCCACUCACACACAAACCAACACACAC